UAGGGGCAAUUCCGCAACCUGUGAUGUAUUAAUAAGAGCUAGUUUCGAACUGUGAGCGAGAUUCACUGUAGAACCUUACUCAUUUCUCACCGCGAUGGCGGAGAAGAAGCAUUAUCUCAACUCCAUUGCCAUUCAUUUCCUCACACUCCAGCUGCUGCUACUCCGUUCGCUCUAUGGGACUGGCCACCUCUGUGUCGCAGAGGUCAUCUUCGAAGAAAGAUUCGACGAGGGUUGGGAGGGCAGAUGGGUGAAGUCGGAUUGGAAGAGGAGUGAAGGCAAAGCAGGAACAUUCAAACACACCGCUGGGAAAUGGUCCGGUGAUCCAGAUGACAAAGGCGAGUGUAUCCAGACGACCAAUGAUGCCAAGCAUUUUGCUAUAUCUGCAAAGAUACCUGAGUUCAGCAACAAGGACAGGACGCUGGUUCUCCAGUACUCAAUUAGAUUAGAGCAGGACAUCGAGUGCGGCGGGGGAUACAUUAAGCUUCUCUCGGGUUAUGUUAAUCAGAAGAAGUUUGGUGGAGAUACUCCUUACAGCAUCAUGUUUGGACCAGACCUAUGCGGCACACAAAAGAAGCAGCUGCAUCUUAUAGUAUCUUACCAGGGACAGAAUUACCCAAUCAAGAAGGAGUUGGAGUGUGAAACUGACAAGCUGACUCAUUUCUACACAUUUGUCCUGAGGCCCGAUGCCUCUUAUAGCAUCUUGAUUGAUGGUCGUGAGAGGGAUUCUGGAAGCUUGUACACAGAUUGGGAUAUUCUUCCUCCACGUAAAAUUAGAGCUACAAACGCGAAGAAGCCUGCUGAUUGGGAUGAUAGAGAAUAUAUCGAUGAUCCUAAUGCUGUCAAACCUAAGGGAUACGAUUCAAUUCCUAAAGAGAUUCCUGAUCCAAGCGCCAAGGAGCCUGAAGAUUGGGAUGAUGAAGAUAAUGGCAUAUGGAGACCACCAAAGAUACCGAAUCCCAAAUAUAAAGGACCGUGGAAACCCAAGAGGAUCAAGAACCCUAAUUACAAAGGAAAGUGGAGGAUUCCCCACAUUGAUAAUCCAGAGUUUGAAGAUGAUCCGGAUAUCUACGUGCUCAAGCCUAUUAAGUACGUGGGGAUUGAAGUUUGGCAGGUGAAGGCUGGUUCGGUUUUUGACAACGUAUUGAUAUGCGAUGAUCCAGACUAUGCUAAAGAAGUUGUACAAGAUAUAUUGUCCAAUAGAGAGAUUGAGAAGGAGGCCUUUGAGGAGGCAGAAAAAAUUAGGAGAGCUCGAGAAGAAGAGGAAGCUCAACGAGCGAGAGAGGAAGGUGAAAGAAGGCGAAAAGAGCGUGGGUAUGACAGAAACCACAGGGACAGAUACAGAGACAAAUACAAGAAGCGCAAUCAUCGCGAUCACUGGGAUGACUACCAUGAUGAGCUCUAAGGAAAUCGUCAGCUCCCUUUUCGAGAUAUAGCUAAAAGCCUGAGCAGCGCGAUCAAAUCUGGGCUCCAGCAUUUUGAUAGCAGCAGUACUAUUUCCGUUUUCGCUUGAAGGCAUUGCUGCUAUUUCCAUUGUUGUUGUACACUUCUUUCCUCCUAUCCGCGGAUUAGGGUUCAUAGAUCCCCCGGUUUUUCGAUUCCAGAAGAUGGCAAUAGCUUGUAAUAACAGUGAUAUAAACCAUCUAAUCAACGAGUCCUUCAAUCAUUGAUUCGAUAUUUGACUAUUUAGCAGACAAUGUGAAACUGUUGAUUUGUAAAUGAAUGUAGUUAAAAAACUGCGUAAUCUGAGCUAAAAAAACUCACUGGAACUAUCACCCUAAGGCUAAAAGAUGAGCCCCAAAAUUACAGCAAAACAUGAGAAGGAAGACACAGAAUUCAACUCUAAGAAUGGCGAUCGAUGAACUUUUCGAUUAGCACCGAGAAAGCAGCGAAACCGGCGCAUCCAUAGCACGCGGCCUGAGGGCCAGCUCUGGCGGACAUCGCGCCACCCGUGACGCAGCCGGCGACGGCGGUGUUGGUGACGUCGUGCUUGGCGCGGGCCUUCUCGAUGACGCACUCGGCGGCGGAGAAGACCAGGCCCAUGAGGGCGAAGGUCUUGCAGUUGCUCCAACUCCGGCUGCCCAUCUGCUUGGCGGUGAAGAUGAACUGCUUCUUGGCGCUCAUGUCCGGAUCGUGCAUCAACGGAUUGUCGAGCGCGCCGAGGAGGAAUCCCAUGAAGAUCCCGAGCCCGCCUCCGACCACGCCGCUAAAAGCGCUCCGAAUCGCGCAGUUGUUCCACACCUCCUGAGCUCGCAUCUCCUCCACCGUCGGCAUCCUGAACGGCUCGACUUUCGUUUCUGAGCUCGGCGCGCCGUCGGUGGUGCUGCUCUUCGGUUCGCCGCUUUCCGCCAUUGUUAAUCAGUGUUUGACGAAUCUGAAAAUUUCUUCGAGCCUCUUUCCUCGCUCCGGCGGCGAUCUGGUGAUGUUCGCUCCGGCGGCGAUCUGGUGAAAUGAAAGCUGGCGGCGGAAUGU